AUGUGUUACACAAGAAAGGAGGAAGACAUCUUUGGCCAACUUCAAUUAAGAGUUCUUUUAGUAGUCUCGCUGGCUUUGCAGUGCACCGCGAAAGCAAAAUUAGCUGAAACUAAUAAAUUCCUGAGCGAUCAGUACGAAGAUGGGACAAAGUUAGAAUCACUAGUGUUAGAGCCACGACCGGCAACUCAAGACGAUACUGAAUUUAAGUUGAAGAUUAUACCAGUACCAAUUCUACACAAACUACAACCAUCACCGCCAUACAUGCAUCAAGAAAGAGAAAGAAACAUGAGUCAAGCUAGCUUAGCGAUUCCGUUACAAGAAGUACAUUUGGAAGAUGAACCGAACCAUGAAACAUCUAGCAAUAACGGAAUAUUAAUCCACCAAGAAAAAGAUCCAAAAUCAGAAUCACAAAAUAUUCAUAUAAUACGAAUGCCAAAAUGCGGAUUAGGGAAAUAUCUGGUACGCGGAUUUACACCACUAAAAGGUCAACAACCAUUUUUUCAACUACAAACAAAACAACAGGGUCCAGAUGGAGCGCCAGGAUUAACUAUAUUUUUGUGGUAAAAAGCUAAUAUUAUCUAUUUUUCAAAAAAUCAAAAUUUAAUACCACUCGAAAUA